AGGAAUGACACCCUGCGGAGUUGCGAAAGGGAGAAGGCGGCCGCCGGCCGCCGGUGCAACGCUGCGCUGUGAAUACAUGUUUGCUGGUGUGCAUUGAGUCAAGAAGUGCUGUUUGCACGUUCCCGUAACAGUUAUUUUAGCAGGAUUGUCCCAUUUCUGGAGGAAAUGGGGGCGUGGCAGACUGGGAGUUUUGCAAGCGUGGUUUUAUGCUCCCCUGUUUUUGUAUGUAAUUUGUCGUUGUAAUGGGUAAUGUGUAUUUAUAAUUGCAUUUUCUAUCGCUGUAACCCGCCCUGGGCAAUGCCCUCUUUCCCCGAGAAUGAGAUCCCAAGGGUUAAAGCGGCAGAGCUGCAUUUUUACAGAGAGGCUUGGACAUCUGGGAAGAAAGCUACCCAUCGUCUUUUCCUGUAGCUGAUAGGAAACUCGGUGGUUUGUGGGGCUUUCUCCCCUUCGUGGGGUUUUUAAAAUAGAUAUAUUUAUAAAUAUUGCUAGCCUCUGGGCAAUUUGGGCUGCAGAGAUUUCUUGAAAAGGAGGUUGCAUCACCAAGGCGGCGGCUGGCUGGUGCAGGGAAAGAGAGAGCGAAAAGAGGUGCGUUGAUGGAGGUAGAGGAGGAAGGGGGCGGUUGGGGAAAAGGAGAAGCUCUCCCUGCAGAGGAGGCAUUUGAAAUGACACAGGAGAAGCGAAGACCCGGCAGUGCGAAGGGGAAACUGCUAACAGCUCCCUGAUCUCCUUCCCCGCCUGCCUGCCUGCCUGCCCGCCUGCCACCCACCAGAAUGCAAACCGAGGGGGGAGAAGGGGACUAGAUCCCCAGCUCUGAAACAGAAUGAAGCCCAAUCUCAGGAUGCUUUGGAUGGAAAUAAAUAAAUAAAUCAUUAUGGAAUGUCAGUCUGACUCUCAGAAAUCGAAACAAAUUGUAGUGUAACCGACUAAAUUAAUAUUAUCAAAAUUAAUGGGCCAAAAUUAGUCAUGUCAGUUAAUUUCAGUAGGUCAGCUCUCAGUAGAAAUAACUUUGGGAUACCAUCCCAAGUUAAGAAAUCGUAUACCGUAUAUCUUUAAAGUAUCACUUUAAAAAUAUCAUUGUAUUGUGUUCUUCAUAGAUUUAGCAUCCUUGCAUGUAUAGUGGUCAACUUAUUUUGCAGGACUUGGCUCCCAUGUUUCUACCAGCAGCUUGCUCUGGUUAGGACUGUGUGGAUAGCCUGGGGCCCUCCUCCAGAUCAGUGCUGGUCAGUCAGCAAAGCCAGGGAUGAUGAAGUUGUAGUUUGGCAACAUCUGGAGGGCUAUAGCUACCCAGCCUCUGGUCUAUACAUACAUUUGUAUUGAUUUGUUUAAGAUGUUUGUAAAUGGUCCACACACAUAAAAUAUAAAAGUGCUGCAUAGCAGGUACAACAAAACCUAAGAUCCCAUGAAAACACUAGCCUUUGUCAUUGUAUUUAUAUGUUGUUUGAAUUUCAUUCAUGUUUUGUAUGGUGCUGCCCCGCAACCUUUUGACAAAAUUUGACAAAUUUUCUUUGGGAAAAUUAUAAUGGAACAAAUCCACCUGCUUAUUUCAGAAACUUUUUGAGGGAGGCUGCAGUGCUUUUUCUCUGGGAAAUGGAGAAUUUGGUUCGGGUUCGAUGCCCGGAGAUCUGUGCUCGGGUCGUGACCCUGGUGAAGGAUUUCCUGCUGAGGCAGCAGGAGAAUGAAAGAUGGGGAGCUCAGGUGAAGAGGUAUGCAAGCCCCAAAGCUUUUGCAGUACAGUCGUACCUUGGUUCUUGAAUCCAUUCCAGAACUCUGUUCGACUUCUGAAAACGGUUGAAAACCAAGACACGGUUUCCAAUCGGCUGCAGGCGCUUCCUGCACUCAAUCGGAAGCUGCAGAAGCCGUGUCGGACAUUCAGGUUCCCAAGAACAUUCGAAAACCAGAAGACUUCUGGGUUUUCGGAGUUUGGGAGUCAAAACGUACAGGUACCAAGGUGUUCGAGAACCAAGGUACAACUGUACUGUAUUGAAAGUGGGUUUGUGUGUGACUGCCCUGAUAGCAUAAUGAGCGCAAAUAAUAUUGAACGCAGAAUAAAAACGUCUGGUCGUGUACUGCCUCUGAAGCUAGAGGUUCCAUUUACCUAUGAGUAGCAGCCAUGUUAGUCUCCAUUGAAAAAUAUGGCCCAUCCUGCUUUUCAGUUUUCUAUUUCAAUUCAUACUGUGAUAGCAUUAGGUGGGAGAAGUGUGUCUUUUGGGGUCACGAUUCUUUAUUAUAAAAGGUUGCCUUUAAAAUACACACACCACACCUUUCUGUUCCUAAGCCUUUCUGCUCCUUUCUGACUCAUGAUUCUUAAUGUUUAACUGCAGGCAGUGGCCACAAACCUUUCUGAUACCAAGCUGCCUCCCUCAGACACUGAGCAGGAGCAGAACUUAAAGCAGGAGAAAGAUGAGGACAUGGUCUCACUCGGUAAGGAUUUAUUUUCCCCAGGCACUUAAUUUUUAAAAUGAGAGGGGAUGGAGCUUUAGAUUACCUAGAUGUUCCACUGUGCCCACUUAGGACAGGAGCGGAGAAGUUUUUUAGCUCAUGGGCCACAUUCUCUCAUGAGAUAUCUCCAGGUGAAGCCACAGGCAAAAGUGGGCAGAUCAAUGAAAUUAACCCGUACAUCCUCUAUAGUAGACUACAUUCCAACUCUGCAGGGGGCAGAUAAUUCUUCUCUUAACUCUGCACCAGGCAAGUAGAGGGAUGCAUUCCAGCAAUGUAAAAACCUUGGUGGGGUGGGGACAGAGAGGAGUGGGAGAAUUCCCAAGGUUGGAUAGAGAGGCCUGGACAGCCACAUUUAAUUCUUGGUUCCUAAGGUUCCCCACUCCUCCCUUAGGAAUUUUUGCUGUAGAGGGAAGAAAUCUGCACAUGUUCAGGGAUGCUCCUACCAGGGGCUGUGCAUACUGCACCGAGAACACUUGAAAUCUGCUAACCUGCAUGAACUGGACAAGCUAACAUUACAUUCUUUUUAUUUUCAUAUGAUCAGCAAUGCUUUAUUAUUUUUCAGCAACUUUUAUUAGGUUUUACUCACCAUGAGGCAUGGGGCUGUUCAAGACACUGGAUCCCUUUUCCAACUCUAUAAAAAAUAAUAAUUAGGUGCAACAACAGGCACCAUACACAGCAUUUAAAUUGUAAGGUAAAGGUACCCCUGCCCGUACGGGCCAGUCGUGUCCGACUCUAGGGUUGUGCGCCCAUCUCACUUAAGAGGCCGAGGGCCAGCGCUGUCCAGAGACAUUUCCGGGUCACGUGGCCAGCGUGACAAAGCUGCUCUGGCGAGCCAGCACCAGCGCAGCACACAGAAACGCCGUUUACCUUCCCGCUAUAAAGCGGUACCUAUUUAUCUACUUGCACUUAGGGGUGCUUUCGAACUGCUAGGUGGGCAGGAGCUGGGACCGAAGACGGGAGCUCACCCCGCCGCGGGGAUUCGAACCGCCGACCAUGCGAUCGGCAAGCCCUAGGCACUGAGGUUUUACCCACAGCACCACCCGCGUCCCGAUUUCAAUUGUAGUUACACCAUAAUUACAUUGUGUUAUUGGCAGCUUGAUUUUUUGAUUGCUCUCUGAAAGAUUCCUAAUGCGAGUUCUGCUUUUUGUGCUGUGCUGAUGCUUCCAUGCAUGUGCUGCUGGGCUCUAGUCUAGGGGUUGGACAGAACAUGUGGUUCUCCAGUUUUUGCUGGGCUUCAAUUCUGAUCUUCCCAGUCUAUUGACCAUGUUGACUGGGGCUGAUGGUUACUGGAAUUCAACAACAUCCAGAGGGAGGCAUGUUAGUUGUUCUUGGCUUUUUGUCAUGAUAAAUUAGUUAGUCUUCAAGGUGACCCCAAGCUCUGUUCUUUGGGGCCCUUCGUUAUUUAAUUCCAUGGCUGAAGGUUUCAUUAGCUGCAACACCACAAAGCUCAAGGGUUGGAUUCAUGACAUCAAGGUUUUCUGCUUUUCUCAGCAGGUGAUGGAAAGCUGAGUGAGAAGAAGAACGAGGACCAGCUCAGCCUGGAAGAAUCUGAGGCAGACGGAGCACCUCUUGGAGGAGACAACUGGGACAUCCAUGAGAUGGUAGAAACACCUGGAAGUCGUCAGGACUCAGAUGGGCAUGGGAAACAGAAGGACAUCCCUGUUCCUCCUUAUGACCAGGGAGACAAUCCCUACAACUGCUUAGCCCUCAUGGUGCGUGAGAGGUCCCACACUGGCAAGAAACCAUUCACCUGCCUGGACUGCAGGAAGAACUUCCACCGGAGGUCGGGUCUUUUGGCGCAUGAGAGGACACACAUGGGAGAGAAGCUGUACAAAUGCACAGAGUUUGGGAAGAAUUUGAGCCAGAGCUCGAGUCUUUUGGCCCAUGAGGGGACCCAUACGGGAGAGAAGCCAUAUCUGUGCACCAAGUGCGGGGAAAACUGUGAAUGCACGCAUUUGUGUUUUACCGCAAUGCCAAGGAGGAAAGACAUCAGCAAUGCUCUUAGAGAAGCAAUUGUUGCUGCCCAUGAAACUGGGAAGGAUUAUAAGGCCAUCUCCAAACAAUUUAAAGUCCAUCAUUCUACAAUCAGAAAGAUUAUUCAGAAGUGGAAAACAUUCCAGACAGUUGUCAACCUUCCCAGGAGUGGACGUCCCUGCAAAUUCACCCCAAGGUCAGACCGUGCAAUGCUCAGAGAAAUUGCAAAAAACCCAAGAGUUACAUCUCGGGCUCUACAGGCCUCAGUUAGCACGUUAAAUGUUAAAGUUCAUGACAGUACGAUCAGAAAAAGACUGAAUAUGCUGGGAAGAGUUGUCAGGAGAAAGCCUCUUCCCUCUAAAUAGAACAUGGCAGCACAGCUUAGGUUUGCAAAGUUGCAUCUGAACAAAUCACCAGACUUCUGGAACAACGUCCUUUGGACACACGAGACCAAAGUGGAGAUGUUUGGCCAUAGUGCACAGUACCAUGUUUGGCGAAAACCAAAUGCAGCAUAUCAGCACAAACAACAUACUAACUGUCAGGCGUGGUGGUGGAGGGUUGGUGAUUUGGGCUUGCAGCCACAGGACCUGGGAACCUUGCAGUCAUUGAGUUGACCACGAACUCCUCUGUAUACCAAAGUAUCUUAGAUUCAGUUGGGAGGCCAUCUGCCUGACAGCUAAAGCUUGGUCGAAACUGGGUUAUGCUACAGGACAAUAAUCCCAAGCACACCAGUAAAUCUUCAACAGAAUGACUGAAAAAGAAAAGAAUCAAGGUGUUGCAACGGCCCACUCAAAGUCCAGACUUUGACCCAAUUGAAAUGCUGUGGUGGGACCUUAAGAGAGCUGUUCAUAAACAAAUGCCAGCAAACCUCAAUGAGCUGAAGCAACGUUGUGAAGAAGAAUGGGCCAAAAUUCCUCCACAACAAUGAGAGAGAUGGAUAAAGAAUUACUUCAUGUUAUUGCUGAUAAAGGUGGUUCUCCAAGCUGUUGAAUCAAAGGUGUACUUAGUUUUUCACACAUGGCUUCUACAUCUUGGCUUUAUUUCUGUUAAAUAAAUCACAAUGCGACAUAUUAUGUGCUGUUGUUCACCUGAGGUUGUAUUUACCUGAUAUUAAGACCUGCUAAGGAACAUGUUUUUUAUUAUGUCCUCAUGUGUAAAGCCACAUAAUUCAAAGAAGGUGUACUUUCUUUUUCCCAUGACUGUAUACCUCCUUUUCUCAUUGGCCACAAUCCUUUUCGGUCCCAAAUCUCUUAGGAUACUGUUUCCUGAGGUGGAAUUCAAAGUGCUUAAAAACAUCCAAAUGGUUGCUCCGUAUGAAUAAGUGUAUGGAGGAAGGGGGAAGUGGAUGAGAGAUUUUGGAAUCAGGGCCAUGGUAGACUUGAGGGUAGAUCAAGUAUUUAAGAUCAGCUGUAAAUGUCUCCCUCUGAUAACACUCUGAAGAACCCAUUUCCCAAAGCCCUCUUCCACUGGAGGGGGUGGGAAUAUAUUAAUAACACCAACCCUUCUUUUUUACCAAGAGUUGGAGAACCCCAGGCAGAGUAGCCCUGCAAGCCUUUUUUUAGUUUUUAUUUAUACUUUCCAAGUUUAUACAUUUCAUUGGUUUUACAUUAACAUUGAUUUAACAUUUAAAAGUUUGACUUCCUUCCCCCUCCCUUUCUGCAGUUCCUUAAAUUUAUUUUUUAAUAUCUUCUGCAUAUCCAAAUUCAUUUAAUUUGCUCAUUUAUUCAUCUUCUUUAAAUAUAUACUCUUAUGAAACUGCAUGUUAUUACAAUUAUCCUGCUAAUGUUUUUAUCUGUUUACAAUUUAUAUGUAAAUAUUCAAUAAACCAUUUCCAUUCUUUUAU